AUGCGGCUACUAGUUGGGACCAUUGCUACAAUUAUUUUGCUGUCGAUGCAACUAACGAAAGCGGAAAUUAGUGAUUGUGAUUUCUAUGACACUGUAAAUAUUUCAAGCGCCAAGGUGCUUUCGAACGGUUCGUACGAAUACGACGGACUACUCAUUCCCGCCGAAUUGACGGGGAUGUAUACCACCAUGCAUCUGCCUGACGGCUCCAAGAAAGACGUGCCGAGCCACAGAAGAGGAUGUGUCUGCAAACUAAGGCCCUGCAUCAGAUUCUGCUGCCCUCACAAUCACAAAGCGAAUGACGGCUCCUGCAUUGGUGAAAUGUCAAAGGACGAGUUGGAAAGUCACAAUCGCUACGUGGAAUUGAGCCUCAGCAACGGAACGGUGGUCAAAAGACACUUUCAGGAAGAUCUAGUUGUGCAAUCGGAUCUGCCUUUGCCCUGUGGCGACGACAAGAUGCACUGGAUAGAUCAUACUCUGCCUGGAAACGGAUUCACACUGUUUGAGAAUGGAACCUCUUUUCGACACUGGGACAGUGCGACCUUGGAUAAGCGAAAAUACUGCCUGCAACAUGCUGAAUUCAAAGGUGACGGUAUUCGAAUUACUCCUCACUUUUGUCAUCUUGAUUCUGAAGCCUCGCAAACGGGGCAAACCAUCGUGAUGUCAAUAUCAUUGAUAUGCAUGGUUCUUACGAUCAGCGUUUACCUAUACGUCAAGAAGCUGAGGAAGUUGCACGGCAAAUGCUUCAUUUGCUACAUGGUCGCUCUGUUCAUGGGCUACGCACUUUUGCUCAUCAACUUGUGGAACGUGUGGGACAGGCCUUCAAUCGGCUGCACUACAUCAGGAUUCAUGGGCUACUUUUUCGUCAUGGCCGCGUUCUUUUGGUUGUCUGUCAUCAGUCUGCACCUCUGGGUAACGAUUGCCCUGCCCCCCGAUUCCGUGAGCCGAUUCCUGCCAGAGCAUCGGUUUCGGGCCUACAACAUUUACUCUUGGGGAUUGGCCCUGGUCUUGACCGGAGUCGUUGUCCUAGCUGAUAAUGUCAAUCUGGACAAAGAUUGGACACCUCGUAUGGGAACCACACAAUGUUGGAUAUACACUGGAGAUAAUGCGGCCUUUCUGUACUUCUUCGGACCGAUGCUACUGCUGAUUAUUUUCAACAUAAUCAUGUUUAUCCUGACAGCUGUUCGUAUAGUAAAAGUUAAGAAGGAUGUUAGGAACUGUGCCCAACCGCAACAAAAGAAUAAAAGGCUUAACUCCGAUAAACGAACGUUCACGUUCUUCCUGCGGCUCUUCAUCCUCAUGGGUUUGACCUGGAGCUUGGAGAUAAUAUCCUUCCAUGUACGGCAGAACGAGUUUUGGGGUAUGAUUUUUCAAGUGGCCGACUAUCUAAACUGGUCUCAGGGCACCAUCAUAUUCGUGCUCUUUAUUUUGAAGCCUAGCACUCUAAAACUCAUAAAGAACCAACGAAAUCCAAUCCGCGAGUGGAGUGCCACCGUUUCGAGAUCCAGGGAAGGUCGAAAUACGACAACAGGAACCGAGGGAGUGUUCCUGAGCAGAGCCUAAAUCAAUUGGAGGUUGUAUAGUUUUCCUUCAGUUGUUCAGUAGUUGAAUCAUUCCUUGCUCAUCCAGUGA